AUGAGCGAGGACCCGAUUCACUCGCUUUGUGAGCGAUUUUACGUCCGUCUGCGGGAUUGUCGGUCUACGAAUGUCCAGAAUUAUGCCUUCUUUCCCAACGGAACUGCCAAGAAUGUCUUCCACACGAACCAGGCAGAGCUGCGCGAACUUCUCGGUUAUACAUGUCAACGCUUCGGCAUCUCCACCUCAACCCCCGUCACCAGCGAGGCGGAUCUGGCACGAAGAGUGCUUGCGGAUUUCAACAACAUUCUGGCGGCCAUUAUAUGGGCUAGACUCCCGUCAGCGGAGGAGUUUUUGAGAGAUUUCCUUCACCUCUUUCCAGAGAUAAUCGGGAGCAUCGCGCGACCCCUGAUCACCGAUGAUGACCUUCCCAUCUCCCUGCCCCUCGCCCGCCGAGUAUUCCCGACCAACGCCCAGGACUUUUACGACGAGCAGUUUCGCUUUUGCGCCGUGACACUGAUGAAGAGAGAGGAGGUGAUUUAUAAGGGGGAAAGAUGCUUGUGUCCACUGCCCUAUCUCGAGGAAAGUGAGAUCGCCGAGGGCUCCUUUGGACGAGUUUUUCGUGUUCGCAUUGAAGGACAACACGUUGUAUCGCGAGGCAGCCAGAGCAUUAACCAGAAGCCGAGAUACUGCGCGAGGAAGGACUUUCCUGUUAAUCAUGAACGUGCGUUUCAGUGGGAACAGGAAAUACUAAAGCGCAUCCACCGACAGCCCCGAAGCAACGAGAAUGUGAUGGUGGCCAUUGCUAGUCUGCAAUACGGCGACACCUACAGCCUGUUCUUCGAGUUGGCAUCCUGCAACCUCUGGGAUUAUCUGUAUGGAAAAUAUGACAGUACCAGGCCGGUUCCCUCCGGCGUGGAGACGCGAAGCGACAUCUACCGCCGUGGAGUCGCCCUGGCCGGAGCGCUGGCUUUCCUACACCAUGAGUUUCGCGACCAGAAACUAGACAAUUUGUCAUGUUAUCACCUGGAUCUGAAGCCACACAACGUUCUCGUCUUUAAUGCGUAUACGCCGGCGGAGAUCUGGAAGAUUACCGACUUUGGUGUGUCCCGCGUCAAGGGUCGUAGCGAUGACGGCGAGGAGGUGCAGAUGCUGACGCCGUUUCUACGCAAAACUCGGCGGGUCAAGGCUCCGCGAGAGGAGCUGACGCGCAAUCCUCGAGGCGAAGGAACAUAUCUCGCGCCCGAAUGCGCCCAGCGGAACGGAAAAGUGGGCUCUGCUUCCGACGUGUGGUCGUGGGGCUGUAUCUUCAGCCUUGUGAUGACCUAUCUCGAAGGAGGGCAUGCAGCUGUGCAGGAGUUUCGCAUUGAACGUCAGAAACAAGAGCACCGGGAUGCUUUUUAUGUCAUGAAGAGCAACAACACGGCCCAGAUCUCUCCUACCAUCAUAAGUUGGUUCAACCAUCUCCGUUACCAAGCGCGCGUCAACCGCAACGGCCGUGAAUUCGAGCUAGUGCGACAGACUCUUGAUUUCUUGGAAAGACGAGUUUUACUCCCCAAUCAUACCCAACGGGCUACGGCCAAGGAGGUUGAGACUUGUCUGUCCCGGUUCAGCCACUUUUACUAUGAGCAGCCAUCGGAAGAGCCGCGGGCGAAAGGCGUCAGGGCAUCGAUUGCCCGAUGGAAGAACCGUAUCCCAUUGUCUUCUUCCGCAAUUCCCUCCGUCAGGUCUCAGGACCUUCCUGUUGAUAUGGCGUCAGGCAUUAGGGCGAGCCUCUUUUCUCCCGAUGGGGAACUACUGGUAUUUUACUCUCCACAGUCCAUCAAGGCUAUCCCGACAAAUCAGAUAAUGCAAUCGAUCACUCGGCAAACAGCCGUACCUGAUUUAGUGACAAUCUCCGAGCCAAAAGGCUCAUGGGAGUGCGUGGCCGUGAGCUCGAGAUAUAUUUGCGGUGGCUUAGCAGGGGACUGCUUCGACUGCUAUGUGUAUCCUGUCCAGUCAAUUAUGGCGUUAUACGCCCCUGGGACAAGUUCACCUAUAGAGGGAAAGCGCAUCUAUCAACAACAUCUUGGUCCGAUCAAGAAGGUCGUGAUGUCCGAGGACGGAACGCUAACGGCCUUUCUGAUCAAGCGGAAAGACUCAGAUACAAUGGUCUAUCUGGCAUACACACCAGAUCUCAUCGACGAACCGAGUGAUAAGGGCUUGUCACCUCCUUCCAGCAGAUCAAAUUCAGCAAUAUCCCACGGCGACUCCGAGCAUGCCCUUCCCGGAGGCAACAUGAUCGCCCAAGACUAUAAAGUCGGGCCGAUGAAAGACAUCCGUUAUGUCGGAUUUUCCAGUGACAGCCAAUAUCUUGUAGUUGUUUCGAUGCCAGACGAAUCCCAUUUACUUGUCCGGGCCUGGGACACACAACGGGGGAGUUUAUGCGGAAACCUCAGGGUUCGCUUGCAGGCAUCUGCAGCAUCGUCUGAGAAGCUCUUCACGGCAUGCGCUUUGUUUCACGGACAGCCUCGUUUGGUGAUCCUCUGCCACCGGAGGUACCUUCUUUAUGUGACUUCCUGGACUUGGAACGGGGUUCUUCAUACCCUUCCUGGGGACUUUUCCAACAUGUUUCAUGUCUUUGUUCGCGAGGACAAUGAGCAUCUAAUAUUCCUCGGAGACAGCGGUGAUGACCGCCUCCUUCGGGUUUACCAGAUGCGCAUUGCAGCUGGACCUCCAGCGCCACAUAAGAUAGCCAUGACCACGUUCGGGUCUUACAAACCCCACCUUGACACUGCCAGCUUGACCAAGAAUGAUAAAGGCGAAAGGGAAAUGCUUAUUGGUACAGCAAGAGGCGCCUUCCUUGCCAUAAAUCUGCCCCAGGAUACUUCUGGCUGA